AUGUCGGAAUACAAAAAAGCCGCUCUAUUCAAACACAAAUCAUGGUCUCCUGACAUUCAACGUGAAGAAGUUUGGCUCAAACGCAGGAAGAAGCACUUUCUGCGUCUCGCUGCCGAACGCCGUUCAUUGAGCCUCCUCGCCGCCGAACGCCGUUCAUUGAGCCUCAACGCUGAUGAACGCCGUUCCAUGAGCCUCAGCGCCGAUGAACACCGUUCAUUGAGCCUCAACGCCGCCGAUGAUCGUCGUCGUUCCAUGAGCGGCAUCACUAACGACGAUCUCGAUGAACUCCGUGCUUGUUUUGAAUUAGGAUUCGGAUUCGAUUCGGAUUCUGAUUUGAAUCCGAAGCUUACCAAAGCUUUUCCUGCUUUGGAGCUUUAUCAAGCUGUGAAUAAGUUAUCUAGAUCCUCUUCUUCGGUUUCGACGGUAACUUCCGACUGUGAAACUCCGUCGUCUGUUGAAACCUCUGUCUCCAUUGUUGAACCAGGUGAUGAUCAGGAGACAGUGAAGAAGAAACUGAAACAAUGGGCACAAGUGGUGGCUCUUUCAGUGCUUCCAUCACCUUCUAUCGGCUAAUUGAUUCAAAAUUUAAAAGUUGUUAGUAAUAUUCGAUUAUCAGAAUAUGACGUAGAUGUAAAACUCUCUUGUAAGAGUGAGCA